AUGUCGCUCGCACAGGUCUGGAACCAAGCACUGCAAAGCUUGGAAGCUGUUCCUUCGGCAAGCACCUCGUCAACUGCUCAGCUGCCAUCAUCACGAGCGUACACGAUCUUGACGCAGUAUCUCGAGCCGACUGCACCAUCACGAUGCGGGUUUUACGAUGUCAACACCGACUCUUUCAUCCUCGAUGCAGCUGCCAGUGAUGCGCUGCAAACUCUGCUCGGCAGUAAUGGGUCGAUACCAUCUAGCUCCAGGAUCGAUCUGUCCUCGCCCAGCCCGGUCCUGGUAGCGCUGUCCAGCCACUACGUCGACCAAUGCCUCCGAGCCAUCGAUUCAACAGCCCUAGAGUGUGGCGUAACCACCGCCGACGAAGAUGGAUUGUUUCACUCGGCGCUGGGCGAGGAUCUGCCAGCGACGCUGCUCGACGUGUCACACUGGUUCCGAGCUUGGCUCUCACCGUACAACGACGGUUCCAUCUUUGACACCCUCACAACUCACCGAGAUCACCUCCUCCAAGCACUCCAAGCCCAGCUGCGCUCGCGCUACUUUGAUCGUCACGCCGCAGAAGCACUGCGUCUACAUCUCGAACAGCUCGUAGUCGAUCACAGCGCCGCCGACCUACACACCACCUUCGUUGCGCAUCUCCAAACGGCUGGUCUUUCGGGCCCAGCAAUGGUGCUGUUGACGCGAGUCAUGCACGCCGAAGUCUCGCGCAAGGUCAGAGCCGUAGUAGAUGCCGCCGAUCUGCGACCGCAGGACUCUGUCUUGCCGCUCGAGUCUGCUGCCAAGCCUGUGUUGCAGCAGUGGCUGGACGACGAAGUCAAGCCGCGCUUUGCUGCUAUUCGCCAGCUGUGCUUGCCAUACUCCGCCGCCUCCACCGCCGAUGAACACGGUGCAGCUCGCGACAACUGGCAGCACCGACUCGACUACCAGUUGGACAAGGCGCUCUGUCUCACCCGCGCAGGCCAGCUCUUCGACCUGGUCGCCCUGUACCCGGAAUCCUCUGCCGCGCUCGAGGACCUGCGCUUGAGCCUGCAGAACGCCGACCAGCGGCUCAGCGUCGCUAAGACGCUCUCUGACUCUCUGCACAUGCGGCUGCUCCAUCCGGGCGCACACACGCGCGACAUUAUCCAGAUGUACGUCCACCUCGUUCGCUCGCUGCGCGAGAUGGACCCGACCGGCGUCGUGCUCUCGCGAGUCGUGUCACCGUUGCGGAGGUAUCUGCGCGCGAGGAAGGAUACCGUAUUGGUGAUUGUCGCGUCAAUGUUGGGUGACGACCCGGAUUUCACGCUGCUCAAAGAUGAGUUGGAGCGGGCGGACCAGGAGGAGCAGGAGCAAGAGGACCAGGUGGACAGCAAGCGCAAGCGUCGGCCUCGGCGGUCUCUGCAGACCUCGGCCGCUCCCGCUGGAGCCAAAGCGGGCAGCAAGCGGUCUGCCAAACAGCGGCGACUGCAGCACACGCGGCGCGGCGCGGCGCACGUCUCGGACAGCGAAGCGUCCUCGGACGAGAACUGGGACGACCCUCACUGGGUGCCCAAACCGGUCGAGGCCGGGAGCGGGUACCGGCUGUCGACGUCGAAAGACAUCAUCUCGAUGCUGACAAGCAUCUUUGACGACCGCAGCGGCUUCAUUGCCGCGCUGGAAAAGAGCAUGGCCGACCAGCUGGUGCAGGUGAAAGGGUAUAAGGCGAUGAAGGAGUACCGCAACAACAUGAUCCUCAAGAAGAGAUUUGGCGAGAAGAACAUGGGCAAGUGCGAUGUCAUGCUUGGCGACGUGACCGAGUCGCGGCGGAUCGAUAGCGAGGUGCAUCAGCAGCGCCGGGCGAUGCCCGCGUCGGCGGUGGAAGGCAUGGUCUCGCGCUUGCAUCCGUUGAUAGUUUCACGCCAGUUCUGGCCUGAGCCUACCAUCCGACCGGGCACGCGCACUGGCGCGGGCGAGGCUGCGGGCGGUAGCGUGGCGAACAGCACAGCUGCUGCUGCUGUCGCUGCCGGCGGGGCUUCUCCCGCUGGCGCCGGUGGCGUGGCGGACUUCACCCUCCCCCCACUCUUCCGCCACGCACAGGAAGAGUACGCGAAAGCCUACUCGCGCUCCAAAGCCAUGCGCAAGCUCCACUGGCUCAACCACCUCGGCACGGUCGAGCUCGACGUCGAACUCGACUCGGGCGACAAGAUCUCGGUCGAGUGCUCGCUCAUCCAGGCCUCGACGCUCGAAGUCAUCUCCCGAUGCAAGGGCGGACGUUCCCCCUCCUCUAGCAGCACCGCGGGCAACGCGGGCAACGCGGGCAACGCGGGUACCACAGCGGACGCGGCAGGCCCGGACGUGGUGACGCUCACCGAUGUCAUGGAGGAACUCAAUCUGCAGCGCGAGAAGGAUGCCCGCGAUGCGCUCGAGUUCUGGGUUGCAGUCGGCCUGCUCCGAGCCGUCGACGGGCUGGGGGAUGCCUUCAUCGUGCAAAGUCGCCUGCCUGCUCAGCUUGCCGCUGCCCAACAGGACGACGAGGACGAAGCACACGACGAACCACUCUGA